UGAAAUCAACGUUCGACAUUUUUGUAAAUAAUAAUGGAUAAUAAAAUCAUCAAAGUUUAUUGUCUAAUUAUUGGUUCGAAUUCGGUUGGUAAAACUACAUUGAUCAAUAAAUUACAACAAUCAUCAUCAUUAUCAUCAAAAAACUAUGAUGAUUAUAAUCUAACUACGCGAAUUAAUAUCAUAAGAAAAUCAUAUGGAUUAAGUAAAAAUGAACCUGAUAAUGAUAACAGUAAAAAUCAAAAUAAACGAAUUGAAAUUAUUUAUAUUGAAUUUCCGGAAUUUUAUCGAAAAUCAGAAACAUCAUCAAAUGUAAAUGAUCGAAUAAUUAUUGUUAUCGGUCUGUUCGAUAUAUCGAAUCGUUCAUCAUUAACGAUUCUUGAAAAAUUAUUCAAUUCAACAACAACAAAUAAAAAUCCUCAUACUAAUCAUAAACAAUCAAUUGGUUUCAAUCGUAUAAUGGUGGCUAAUAAAAUUGAUUUAAUUGAUAAACGUAUCAUAUCGUAUAAUGAAUGUCAAACAAAAUCUAAACUAUUAAAAUGUCGUUAUAUUGAAUGUACAAUACGUAAUGAUCAAACAAUGCAAGAAUUAGAACAAAUUAUUUUAGAUAUUAUUAAAAAUGUUUAAACAUUGUUUAUUAUAAUUUUUGUUUUCAAUCAAACUAACUAAAUAAAAUACAUAGUAAUAAAAAAAAAUAAAGAUAUGCUAAUUCG